AGUCGCGUCGCUUCCGGCCCCGAGGCGGGGAAGGAGCCGGAAGUCCGGCGGUCCGAGGGUGUCGAGAUGGAGGAGGGCGAGUACGAGUCGGUGCUCUGUGUCAAGCCGGAGGUCCACGUCUACCGCAUCCCGCCGCGAGCCACCAACCGUGGUUACAGGGCCGCGGAGUGGCAGCUGGACCAGCCAUCAUGGAGUGGCCGGCUGCGGAUCACUGCAAAAGGGCAGGUGGCCUACAUCAAGCUGGAGGACAGGACCUCAGGGGAGCUCUUUGCUCAGGCCCCGGUGGAUCAGUUUCCUGGCACAGCCGUGGAGAGCGUGACGGAUUCCAGCAGGUACUUCGUUAUCCGCAUCGAAGAUGGAAACGGACGCCGGGCGUUUAUUGGAAUUGGCUUCGGGGACCGAGGCGAUGCCUUUGACUUCAAUGUUGCAUUGCAGGACCAUUUCAAGUGGGUGAAACAGCAGUGUGAAUUUGCAAAACAGGCCCAGAACCCAGACCAGGGCCCCAAGUUGGACCUAGGCUUCAAAGAGGGCCAGACCAUCAAGCUCAACAUCGCGAACAUGAAGAAGAAGGAAGGAGCAGCUGGGACUCCCCGAGCGCGGCCCGCCAGCACAGGAGGACUGAGCCUGCUUCCUCCGCCCCCGGGGGGGAAAUUCUCCACCCUGAUCCCCCCACCUGUGGAGCAGUUGUCUGGGGGGGGAUCCCUCGUCCAGACAGCAGUUGCUCCCAGUUCAGUAGGAGGUGCCACCAUGUCCUGGCCACACCCGAAGCCUGCCAUGACUGCUACCACCGACAUCUGGGGAGACUUUACCAAAUCCACAGGGUCGACUUCCAGCCAGACUCAACCAGGCACAGGCUGGGUCCAGUUCUGAUUUGAGUGCAACCCCUCUUUUUCCUCAUACAAUUUCUGGAAAGGAACCACUUCACCUGGGCCAAAGGAAGGAGGACGAAGCACUCCCCAGCCGGCCUCUGUUUGGAGCAUGACUCCUCUCCUCCUCACCUGACUUUCUUGACAGACUGGCAUGUUAGGCAGUAAAUUGGCACAAUGUCACACUGUUUGCUGGGACCCGAGUGUGCAACCACAACACAGGAGGAGGAGAGCGCCAGCAUCCCCAUCCCUGUCCGUCUCUUGACAUGAGAGACUCUGAGACUGCUGCUUCCAUCACAUGACCCAUAUUAAACACAAGCCCCCAAAGCAAAAGAAGGGGUUGAGCGUGCUACCUGGCCUCAGCUGGGCCCUUCUCAGUGGUUACAGGUGUCCCGUGAUCACUGUCCAGAAGGAGGGCCUUCUGCACUCCCGUUGGCUGUAGCCACUUCAUUCAAGGUGCCUUCAGAGGGGGGAUUCCUUCCUGAUUUCUGGCAGGUUUAUAGGCUGCAGCUCGAACAGCUAAUCAGGAGGGAAAUCAAGAGUAUUAAUCAGCUUUUAAAAAAUCUUUAAUGUUUGCUUUGCUAACGUGCUGAUCUGCACUAACUUGCCUUUGCAAAAGGGACUGCCCCUGCAAGAUGCGCCAGCAGGGGCCUCGGAAAGCAUUCCACCCUGUCCGCCGUAGGAACUGCUCUGAGCUUCAGAAAGCAGUGUUCGUCUUGGCCAAGUGGCCUGGCUGCCGGGUCUUCCGGGCCAGGUGGGCAGUGCCAGGCUGAUGCAGGCGCCGGAAGCGUGUUUGGGCAGGAAAGCCGGAACUGUUCUCAUGGAGGUUGGGGGGUCUGGCCGUCCUGUCCACCGACAGCUCUCUGGGUUCACGGGCUGCCAGCACAGUUCCCAGGGGCCUUGGGUUUUCUUCUUGCUGUGGUUUCUCAAGUGCCUUGUCUGCAGACAGCCUCCUACUUUCUUUUCUCCUUCAGAGACUGUACAUGACAGAAGGAGUUCUGAGCGAACUGGAAGCCUAGGGUUGCCUGUAUUAUUGGUUUAUGAGAAAUAAUUUUACCUGAGCACACCUCGAAAUUUGCUUUUCUCAGCAUACUUUACCUCUUAAUUGAAAGAUCGAUUUUUUGAAGGGUCAAGACAAUGAACUGAAAAAAAAGUGUUGGCCUUUUUGUGGGACCAGAUUCCGAAGAUAAAAAAAUAAAUAUUUUUACUUCUGUCGA